AUGAUUAUAUCAGUUGAUGAUACAUUAGAUGAUUAUCUCCAAUCUAUUCGUGAUAUUCAAAAUUCUAAUGUUCAACAAGUUCAUGGAAAAAAACCCAGACUUUCUGGCCGUAAUUUUAACAUUGUUACAAUGACCUCUUCCCAAGAAACUAGCGUAUAUUCAAACGUUAAUAUCGUUGGUGGAAAUCCCGAAGAAUCUGCAGAAUCAAAUAUCUUAUUCAAUUCUUCAGCAACGUCAAACUGCUCUGUAGACUUAUUGCAAGAAACAUCAACAAAUGCACCAAUAGAGACAAUUCAACUUUUCAAACAAGUUACACUGCAACAGUUCUUGUUGAUCAAUCAGAAUCAAGUUCUCAAAGAGUUCGACCAAGAUCUGUUUUUGACAUAUGUUCGGACGUAUAACAACAAAUUUGCUUUCACAUCUUUUGGAGUUAAGUUUAACAGAAAUCUAUGCCAAAGAAAUAGAGGAAUCUAUACAUUUCGAGCUCAAGGCCAGAUUUAUCAUUAUCUUCCCAAUUUAGUUCCUUCAGAUGGUCAACCUUCUAACUUACAGCUAUAUUUUUAUGACACUGAACAUGAAUUUGAGAAUCGCAUUGUUGAUUCAAUCAGAAUGAAUCCUUCUAUUAUUGCUCAACUUAUGGAUAUCCUUCGUGUAAAUCCAUAUUCUACAUUUUUCCGAUCUAUUGGUGAUUUACCAAAUUUAGAGUAUCAAAAAAUCUAUAUAAAAUCAAAUCCUGGUUUGGAUCAACGGGUGUUUAACGCCCCAACAUCAUCAGAAGUUGCAGCGAUUUGGGUUGAAAAUGAUGAUUCAGAACAUUCAACACCUCGUGACAUCUUUGUAUUUAACCAUAUUGGUGGGAGUCAUUUAGUUCAAUAUUAUUUUGGUUGCUAUGAUCCACUUCAAUAUCCAUUGCUAUUUCCUUUUGGUGAUAUUGGAUGGCACCAAGGCAUACAAAGAAUCAACAAAAGAAGUGCAUCUGUAUCUACCAAUAAUUCCACAGCUGAAUUACUCAAUCCUCACCAAUCAACAUCAGCAGAACAAUUACUCAGAAGAGAACAACAAGUUUUAAACCGAAAAAGAAAAGAUCCAACUGUUUCUUGCCGUGAAUAUUAUUGUUACAAGUUACAAAUCAGAGAAAAUCUGAAAUCUAUUCUUCUAAUCUCUGGUCGACUUCUUCAACAAUUUGUUGUUGAUAUGUACGUGAAGAUAGAAACUUCAAGACUAGAUUAUUUUCGCUGCAAUCAACAACACAUUCGAUCUGAAUUAUAUCAAGGUAUUGUUGAUAGCAUCGAUCUUGGAGAAACAAAUGCUUCUAGAAUUGGCAAGCGUAUAAUUUUGCCUUCAUCUUUUAUCGGAGGCCCAAGAGAUAUGAAGAAAAGAUAUAUGGAAGCAAUGACUUUAGUUCAACGAUAUGGCAAACCAGAUAUUUUUUUGACAAUGACCUGCAAUCCGAACUGGAAAGAGAUUUCAAAUGAAUUGCAACCACAUGAAAAAACUCAAAAUCGGCCUGACUUAAUUGCUCGAGUUUUUAAAGCAAAAUUAGAAGACCUGAAACGCUCCAACAAUGGAAGAACAGCCAGAAUUAGAGGCCAUGAUUUGGAUAAUCGUUGGGUUGUUCCAUAUAACCCUUAUUUAGUUGCAAUGUUUGAUUGUCAUAUCAAUGUCGAGAUAUGUUCUACAAUUAAAGCUGUCAAGUAUCUCUACAAAUACAUUUAUAAAGGCCAUGAUCGUGUUGCAUUCAAUUUAGUUCCUGAACAAAGCAUUCAUCAAAUUGACGAAAUUGAACGAUUUCAAUCAGCUCGAUGGAUUGCCCCACCAGAGGCUAUGUGGAGAAUAUUUGGAUUUAUUGUCAAUGAAGUUCAUCCUGCAGUUUAUAGUUUACAUUUACAUCUUGAAAAUCAACACCAGGUGACUUUCCGUGCUCAUGAAAACUUAACAAAUGUGAUGAACUCUGAUCUUUCAGCAAAAUCAAUGCUAACAGAAUUCUUCGCAACAAAUCAAGUUGAUCAAAAUGCAAGAAAAUUAUUAUAUAGAGAAUUCCCUGAAUUCUAUGUUUGGAGUCAGCAAUACAAAAUGUGGACUGUUCGAAAGAAACAAAUUGUGAUAGGCCGAAUUGUUACAGCAAAUCCUUUUGAAGGAGAAAGGUAUUAUCUGCGAAUAUUAUUGAAUCAUAUAAGAGGUCCUUUAUCAUUUCAACAUCUUAAGACUGUAAAUGGUAUUUCGGCUCCCACAUUUCGAGAGGCAGCAACCAUGUAUGGUUUAUUGGAAAGAGAUAAUAGCUUGGAAGAAUGCUUAUAUGAAGCCUCUUUUUAUCAAAUGCCUUUCAGUUUAAGAAGACUAUUCGCAACAAUUUUGGUUUAUUGCAAUCCAACAAAUCCAAGAGAUCUUUGGGAACGCUUUGAACGAGAUAUGUCUGCUGAUUUCCAAUUAAUUGGAUGUUCUUCAUCAAAUGUUAGAACUGAAACUUUACACUCUAUCUCCACAAUCCUCGAAUCAAUGGGUAAAGACAUUAAUUCCUUCCAUCUUAUUGACCAAAACAUUGAUUUUGAUGAAGAUGGAUUUCUAUCUAGAGAAAUUGACGACGAAUUGGCUAUUCCAAUACCAGAAGAAGAUCUUCAUGCAUCAACACUGCUUAACAGCGAACAACAAAAUGCUUACAAUUCAAUCUUGCAAAAAGUUUUAUCAAAUCAAGCUGCUGCAUUCUUUAUUGAUGGUCCUGGUGGAACAGGAAAAACAUUUUUAUACAAGGCACUCCUUGCUACAAUAAGAAAAAAACAACUAAUUGCUCUUGCAACUGCUUCAUCUGGUGUUGCAGCAUCAAUCUUACCUGGCGGUCGAACUGCACAUUCACGAUUCAAAAUUCCAUUAAAUGUCGACAAAAAUUCAACAUGCAGUGUCAGUAAACAAAGUGGACUUGCAAGAUUACUACAAACAGCAAAGUUGAUCAUAUGGGAUGAAGCUCCAAUGUCUAAAAAAAAAUCCAUAGAAGCAUUAGAUAAAAUGCUAAAAGAUAUUAAUGAUUCAGAAUUAUCUUUUGGUGGAAAAGUUAUUGUCUUUGGUGGAGAUUUUCGUCAAAUUCUACCUGUGGUCCCAAAAGGAACAAGACAACAACAAAUUGAUGCUAGCUUGGUUUCUUCCUACAUAUGGCCUAAAUUGACAAAAAUUUAUUUGACUGAAAAUAUGCGAGCAAGACUAGAUCCAAACUUUUCAAGAUACAUAUUGGAUUUAGGGAAUGGGCUACCACCAACUACAAUUAAUGAACAUGUCAAGAUUCCUACAGCCAUGUUAAUUCCACAUGAAAAUGAUGCUGCUUCUUUGGAUCGUUUAAUAGAUGCUGUGUUUCAUGAUAUUUCUGACUAUUCAACAAAUAUUUCAAACAUGAUGAAUCGAGCUAUAUUGACACCAAAGAACAAUUAUGUUGAAGAAAUAAACAAUUUGCUGAUCCAAAGAUUUCCUGGGGAGUUAAAACAAUAUUACAGUUUUGAUGAAUCAAUUGAUGCAUCUGAGCAAGCAAUCAUGGAAGACUUCUUACAUACUUUAACACCAAAUGGACUUCCUCCACAUGAGUUACUAUUGAAAGAAAAUUGCCCAAUCAUGUUAUUAAGAAACAUCAAUCCUUCAGAAGGGCUAUGCAACGGAACACGGCUAAUCUGUCGCAAUUUUGAUCGUAAUGUUAUUCACGCAGAAAUUGCAGUUGGUCAUCACAGUGGGAAAAAAGUUUUUAUUCCAAGAAUUCCAUUUUUACCAAGUCCUGAUGAAAACAGUGGUUUUCCAUUCAAGCGAACUCAAUUCCCUGUUAAACUAAGCUUUGCAAUGAGUAUAAACAAAUCACAAGGACAGACAUUGGAUUUUGUUGGAAUAUACUUACCUCAUCCAGUCUUUUCACAUGGACAAUUAUAUGUAGCUUUAUCAAGAGCUAAGACUAUUUCUGCAGUCAAGAUUUUGAUACGACCAAUCUCAACUGAUCAACCAGAAAAAAACUACACAAAAAAUAUUGUCUACACAGAAGGAAAUCGUCUGCAAGCAACAAUAUUUGGAAAUGAUGUUGAUUCAAGGGAAGACACUUUGCAUAUUUUUCAAUUUUACUAUAUUAUUAAUGCAUAUGUAAAGCUACUGGAUCCUAAAUAUAGAAUGGACUCACAUCAAUAUCAAUGGGUUAUAAACGCAAAAACAAUCAUUGAAGAAAUACCAGAAAAUGAAGAUCAGGUUCAAAUACCAAAGUACAACCUGAUUCCCAUUGAUGAAUUGGAUGCUUAUAAAGAUUCAAUUGCAGAAAUAGACCUCUUAGCAGUUGCCCUUCAUAUAAAACCCCCUAAAGAAAUAACAUUAACAAAUGGACCAGCUACUCUUCAAGAAAUGUAUGUCAUAGAUCAAAGCUUCAAUCCAAUCUCAUUGACUAUGUGGGGUCGUUUCGUUCAAGAUGAAUGCCAAAAAAUUUCAGAUAUAAUCGAAACAAAACCGAUUAUACUUGCAACAAAACUAAAAGUUCGCUCUUACAAUGGACUGUCUCUUUCAUCUCGACCAACAAGUGCAUUUACAAUCAACCCUGUUAUUCCCGAGGCAAAACCACUGCAAAAAUGUUGUCGAGCAUAUAUUGAAGUUGACGAUGAGACAGGAAAAUUACCAGCUGUUAUGUUCGGUGAACUUGCAGAAGAAGCAUUAGGUCAUUCAGCCAUUGAUUUCAUGAAUCAUACUGGAGAGGAACAUUUACCAUUUAUAGAAAAAAUGGCAGCAGAGUGUUCAGAAAAUCAAUGGAUGAUUCAAGUUGCUGUAGACCCAGAAGUGUUCAACCAACAAAGACACAAAAACUUCAAUGUUAUUUCAAUCACUCCCGUCCAAUACGGCCCUGAGUUAGAAUAA